AUGAGCGUGAAUUUUAUGUCUUGGAUCCUCGCCAUUUAUCUACUUGUAAUUCAUUGUUCCUAUGGAGGCCGAGCCAGGGAAUUGGCUGGAAAAGAUAACAAAUUGUUGGAAAUUGCACAUGAAGAUCUAGGCGAUAAUGAUGAUAUUGGAAAACACAUUGAUCAUCAUGAACAUGAACACUCACAUGCUCAUUUCACGACUCAUAUGGACCAUAUAGACCCUUCACUAUUUGUGUUCUUCACUUUGAAAGAUUUAAAGGUAGGGAAAAGAAUGCCCAUUCAUUUUCCCAAGAGAGACCCAGCAAAUUCCCCAAAGUUGUGGCCAAGAGAAGAAGCUGAUUCUGUUCCUUUCUCAUCAAACCAACUACCAUACCUUCUCAAACUCUUCUCCUUCUCUCCAGACUCUCCCCAAGCCAAGGCCAUGGAAAACACACUAAGGGAAUGUGAGACCAAACCCAUCAAAGGAGAGGUCAAGUUCUGCGCCACCUCUUUAGAAUCCAUGCUUGACUUUACCCAUAACAUACUUGGGUUGACCUCUGAUCUCCAAGUUUUUGCCACUUUGCACCAAACCAAGUCAAGUGUCACUUUCCAAAAUUACACCUUCUUAGAAACCCUCAUGGAAAUUCCAGCUCCCAAGAUGGUGGCUUGUCACACUAUGCCUUACCCUUAUGCUGUUUUUUACUGUCAUAGCCAAGAAAGUGGGAAUAGGGUAUACAGGGUUUCACUAGCUGGUGAUAAUGGAGAUAGGGUGGAAGCAAUGGUGGUUUGUCACUUAGAUACCUCCCAAUGGGCACCCAAUCAUGUUUCGUUUCAAGUGCUUCGGAUCACUCCGGGAAGCUCCUCUGUGUGCCACUUCUUCCCAGCGGAUCAUCUCAUAUGGGUCCCCAAAGUACCAUCCUACGGUUCUUCAAGCGUGUGA